GGAUUUCGCGCGCGAUUGUGACGGAUUCGUGGCAUUUUUUUCGACAGCUGAUUGAUUUUAAUCGACUAUUUUAUAUUACUCAAGUAAUAUUAAUGAACUUUAGUGAUUAUAAAAUACGUUUAAAGUUCCAAAAUAGUGUUAUCUCGUUGCUAAAAUCGUCUCUGAAAAUUUUCUCCCGCGUAAUCAGCAGGGGGCACGCUAUGAAUAUAACGUCUCAGUUGGGGUCAAAUACAGUUUAAAAUAUAUUUAUUCAUGGCUUAUUUCAUUCAAAUGUAUUCCACUAUGAAGUGAAUACCUCAAAUAUUCCGUUGAUAUUGCGAAUUUGGCUCAAAUAUGGUUGUCAAAUGACAUAACCCUAUUUUUACUUUGGGCAUGACAUGCGGUCUUUUUCAGGCAUUGGCAGUGAGCUGGCAGCCGUGUCCCUGCUUCUACAAUGGCUCUAAAUGGCUCUUCUAGUGAAGACACGGAGAGGCGUAUGAAUUUGAAAAGGAAAAGAAAUUCAACUGAUGAUGAGGUUGAGAAUAUGCCACCUGUGAAGAUACAAUCUACCAUGGAGGAGGAACUAAUAGAUCAACCCGCCCACAAUGUAGUGGUAGAGACAUCUUGCUCUAGUGAUGACGAGGGCUCUCAAUAUGGGGCCAUAGAGCAGCCACAGAGUGUAUUCACAGAGAUAGAUUAUAAUCCUGAUAGUUUCCUAAGCCCACCGAGUAUACCUGAAUUAGCAAAUUGUGUGCUGAGCCCCUUAGAAAAUGUGGCUAGGGGCGAGUCCACACCACAUUCUAAUAAAAGACCUAGCACCAUCAAACCAGAAGUAUCGCUGCCCAAACGGAAGUGCCCCCUCCCGGUGCUAUCCUGGGCGGACCCCCAGGAUGUGUGGAAUGGGAUGUGCGAGUGUGAUGCUCGCUCGAGUAGCAACAAGAACCCAAACAUGUUUGACAAACAUCCCAACCUUCAGAUAAGAAUGAGGGCUAUCCUACUGGACUGGCUCAAUGAGGUAUGCGAAGUGUACAAACUGCACAGAGAAACGUUUCACCUGACAGUGGACUACAUAGACCGGUACCUCACCAACACAGAAGACGUGCCGAAAGGCCGGCUACAACUUAUAGGUAUAACAUGCUUAUUCAUAGCAGCAAAAGUAGAAGAAGUUUACCCACCGAAAAUAGGCGAAUUUGCGUACGUCACCGACGGAGCUUGCACCACCGAAGAAAUACUACUAGAAGAGCUUCUUAUCCUCAAAAUAUUAUCGUGGAACAUCACGCCGAUAACCAUAAACAGUUGGUUGAACAUUUAUAUGCAGUUGGCUAGUGAAGGAAGAAGUGCUAAGCGACGGCUUUUAGGUGAAAGUGAUAUAGGAGCGAACGCUCUGAGAAGUUAUACAUUCGUGUUUCCCCAGUAUUCGUCGCUGGAGUUUGUGAUAUGUGGACAGUUGAUAGACUUAGCAGUGUUACAUGUGGACGUUAACCUGUUUCCGUACAGUGCGGUCGCGGCGGCCGCUAUGGCGCACUCGUUCAAUAAGGAGCUGGCGUUGAGGGUGUCAGGCUACAGCUGGGAGGCCCUGGAGCCGUGCUACGCGUGGCUGGCGCCGUUCGUGGCGGCCGUGCGCGCGGCGGGCGCCGUGAGCGUGGUGCGCGGCGCCGACGGCGAGUUCGUGCAGAAGGCGGCCGGCCUCGACCUCAUCUGCCCCGACGUCAACCUGGACGAGAGCCACCGGAUACAGUCGCACAACGUCUCGCUCGAUAUGUUUGAUAAAGUGUACCAGCAAAUGCUAGAGCAAUCCCAGGAGGCGGGCGCGCACGCGUUCCCGCCCACGCCGCCGCAGUCGGGCCACAAGAGCCCCGCCGCGCUCGCCGCCACCCCCUCCACCACGCCCGCCGCCACGCCCUCCACCAGGCACCCGGCGGACGAUCAACAUCUACAAUGAGCGGUAUACAGCAUGUUGUUACUUCUGAUAGUGUAUGUCACAUGCCAGGCGGAGGAACGGAGGUGUAUUUUAUUGUUAUGUUGUUGAUCAUACUGAUAGUAGUUUAUUACAGUAGGCGAUGUUGAACGUCUAAUCUCGGAUUGGUAGAAUGAUCAUAUUUUUUGUUAGUCAUCAUUCAAAUGUACAAAAUCUUUUAAAAAUUUAAACACCAAUAAAAAUAUCAAUAGUACUUUUCUUGUAUGUAUCUAUCAUUCAAGUUUAUGUAUAGAUCAAUGUGGAUCUAAAGCUCCUUUGGAUGACAACUCCAGGAUGCUCCAGUAUCAUCUAAAAAUAACAUGUACCUCAGAAAGUGAUGAGUUAUCCCACCAUAGAUUUUCAUCAUUUCAAUCGUUAACAGAUACAUGUUCUAAGGUAUUCUUUAAAAAACAUUUUUAAUCAUUGCAAUUGUAGUAUUACGGAUAAUUAAAACAUGUCCGACGUCGUAUUGAGAAAUGAUUUGAGAUAUUGUAAAAAAAAUCGAAUCACAAUCUAUAUUGCAAUCCGUCAUAUCAUAAUUCACCAUCAGUAUCAAACAAACCCUAUAAUCAAAAAUUUUGAAACUUUUGGAAGUUUUUAAAGACCUUAUUACGUAUUUUUUACGUAACAGAAAGUACGAAUUCUUAUUGUGAGAACAAGCUUCAAAAUUGACACAGAAAUAUAAAAUUUGUAAUUACAUAUUUAGUAAAAGUUCAGAAUAUAAUUAUCUCGCGUCCUCUCGACGUGCACUGCUGAAUGGUAAUUUGUGACAAAUUUUAUUUGUCUGUGUUUUUGAAUCCCUUUUAUUAUAUUCUUACUUAAACAUCGAUAAAGAAAAUAUUUUAUUGGCGUACGGUCUAAGCGCCAACGUACACUGAACCCCCUGAUUUGACAAAUAAAUGUUGCAUUUAAACUUAUGCUACUCAUCAAGGAAUUUAAAUUCUCCAUACUAAGAAGACGAGUGUACCAUAACAUUCAGAAUGAAAUAAAACGAUGGAAAUUUAAUAUUGUACUUGAAACAAUAGGAAUUAUGUUAUGAUGAUAAAUCUUACAUUCACCAAUACUUACCACUUCUAUAGUAUUAUCAUUAAUUAUUUCUAUUUCUACGAGUGUAAAAAUAAAUCGCAACAGCGCUGUUCACGUUUGUGCAGCACUCUUACAACAUUCAAAAUGACACGAAAUAAAAUGGACGGCUCGUUUAAAUUGAAAUUAAAUUGCUCAGUCUAGAAUGACUACGAAAUAUAAAAAAAUCUAACCAACCUAUUUGUUAUGACUUUUGUUUGGAUUUAUCGGCGAAUAAACCAUUAAUGAUACUAACAGCUUAGCAUGAAACUCACGUUAUAUUUAAUAGUUAUUCUAGAUUGUGAAACCUACCUUACUGUAGUCGUUUUAUGAUUUUUAAUAUGAUUUUACUGAAAAAACUUAACGAGACGCUUUUGAUGUCUCAGAUAGACAUGUCAUAUGAAAUCUUCGUUCCUACAUAGGUAUUUUAAGGUGAAAAUUAUACAUUACAUUUAAUUAAAUGCGAUCCUGUACCGGAUGUCGGCCUUUACAUAAUGUGAUGAACAUUCCAUGCUCGUUGUUAUUACAUUUAAGUAAAUUAACUAAACUGUACUUUUUUAUUUGAAUUAAACUUCGUCUCUUGCGUAAUAUCAAUGUUUAGAUAUUUUUUAUUGUUUUUUUACAGUCUUUAUAUAAGAAGAAUGCAUUUCAAUUUAAUCUGUCUCAAUCAAUAUUUUGUAUGGAAUUAAUUAAAUAUCAAUGUAAGAGCGCAAAAUGUAAUGUACGCUUAAGAAAUUAACGCAAAGUGGAAACCUUGCGCCGGUGUUUCUCAAUUUAUUGCAUCGUCUCAUUCAUUUGAAUCAAUUGAAAUCUGAUCGCCCUGAAAUCGAAUGUGAACUAUAUUUCGUACUCUCAUUAAUAAUUUAGUUAUUUUUCUUUAUUUAUAAGCUUAGUUCUUCGUUUUGUCUAAAUUAAUUUUGUAAAUAAAUGUGAUUGUAAAUCUGUAUUUAUUGCCUGAUAAAUGAACGAAUUGUUCAUGAGACUGAUUCGCGGACAAUGCUCCGUUACGCUAUGAAAAUUAUUAUAUGGUAUAUUUUAGCUGCACUUUUAUUUAAACUUAUUUUGAGAAGCAUAGUAACCAAAGAAUCUUGUCCUAAAUCCUGAAUAAAUAAUAUCGCAGGCAGCACAUCGCCGCGACGCUGGUCUAUAUAUAAAUACUCGUAUCUUACUUGAAAGUCUAUUAUUUUGAACUGUAUUUUUACUUUUCUGUGCCGAGCCUUGAACAAAAAUCGCUUAUGUUCUUCCAUGUCUUUUUUUUCUGAAACGAUCUUAAGCUCUUUGUUAAAAUUAAAAAAAUACCUAUGCAUCUAAAAAUUAUCAAUGCCCAAUGUUUUGAUUUCCUUGCGUUACAUGGGAUUUAUUUUAAUUAUAACAAAAUAAUCUACCAUUCAUUUUAUACCGUUACAAUUGAAUAAUAACUUUUAUUUACCAUCUUAGUAAUUUUGUGAAAUUACAACCUUAUAGUAUCAGUGAUUUAAGCAUACUUACUAUGCAUUUAUGAAUUCCCGAUCAAACUUUAAAAUUUGUGAUUUUUUUAAAUUUUAUAUCAUUUUUAUUUUAAAUACCUAAAUGACUUUUAAAAGGAACAUUAAGUUAAAAACCUAGUAUCGAUUCAAAGAUUUUUUGUAUCAUUAAAAAAAAUUAAAUGAUUUUGUACGAGACACUAGUUUUGUAGCUAAUGUAAUAGUCACGUAUAAUUUAGUGACUGACCAAAAAUUAUAAAUUGAAAUAUUUAAUACUAGUAUCUCUGCGAAAUUUCUAUUUUAAUAAAGUGUGAUUGUACUUUGUAGAACAAGUGGUCGAUAAGAUUAAAUCCGAGUAUUGUUUUCGUUUGAAAGAUUGUAGAUUAAGCUAGCAUCGGAAAACAUUACGCUUAUGGUGAAAACUCGCCUUACUUAAGACUUUAAUUGCUGUUAAAUAUAAUUUAAUAAUUUUUCAUAACAGAAUAAAAUAUAGGUCAUUAUUAAGUAGGAUAUUUUUUAUAUAAAAUGUAUUGAGAACUAAUAUAAAACUUAAUUUAGUCUUUUUUUUUGUCAAAUUAUAUUCCAUAUGGUUUUUGAGUGAUCUCGAGUACAGUACAUAGGAAUCAAUGUGAUGUUUGGUUCUGUUUGAUGUCGUCACUUGUGCAAUAUAAAAUGCAUUGAACACUUAUUGUACCUAAUACAUGUUGAGCAGGCUGUAUUGAAUAAAUG